CGUCAUUGCAUACGCUAUCAAGAUUCAGAUCUUUCCCAUCUAUUUUCAACCCUAAACACUCUCUGUGUCUGCGAGACAGAAAUUUCAAUGGAAGAGCAAGGAAAGAGACGUCUCCGGCGGGUGGUGCUAGUGCCAGGGCCAUUCCAAGGCCACAUAAACCCAAUGCUUCAGCUGGGCAGCAUCCUCCACUCCAAUGGCUUCUCCAUCACCGUCGUUCACACCCAAUACAACUCCCCCGAUCCUUCAACCCACCCAGAUUUCAGCUUUCUUCCUUUGCCAGAUUCCUCAUCCGCCUUAACCGGCGAGUUCAUACCUUUUGCAUUGCAGCUUAACAUCAAUUCCGAAGCUCGUUUCAAGGAAUGCUUGGCUGGAGUGAUGAGGCAACUGGGCCCGGGCGAUGGAAUCGCCUGCAUCAUCUACGAUGAGAUCAUGUACUUCUCCCAAGCAGCGGCGAUGGAUCUCAAGCUUCCAAGUAUCGUCUUACGCACUGGUUGCGCUGCCAUUUCUCUAACUCGUGAUGUCCUUUUCCAGCUCAGUGCUGAAGGCCACAUUCCCUUCCCAGAAUCUAAGUCGAACGAUCCAGUUCCAGAGCUUUAUCCACUUAGGUUCAAGGAUCUACCUAUUAUGGAAAAAUUAGAAAACUUUUUGCAACUAUUGAGUAAAGCUUCCAACAUUGGAACAUCUUCCGCCAUCAUUUAUAAUACAAUUGAUUGCCUUGAAAAUUCGUCAUUGGCAAAGGUUCAACAGCAAUGUCAAGUUCCAACUUUUGCAAUAGGCCCAAUGCAUAGGUUUGCCUCGGCCUCCUAUAGUAGCUUAUUGGAAGAGGACAGUAGCUGCUUGGCAUGGCUUGAUAAACAAAGUUCUAGCUCGGUCAUUUAUGUAAGCUUGGGAAGCUCGACAUACAUGGACGCCAAAGAGCUAGUUGAGAUGGCUUGGGGGCUAGCAAACAGCCAGCAACCUUUCUUGUGGGUGGUUCGGCCAGGCUCAGUUUUUGGUGCAGAAUGGAUUGAGGUAUUACCCGAAAGUUUUAAAAAAAACAUUGACGAGAGGGGUUAUAUUGUGAAAUGGGCUCCCCAAAAGAAAAUUUUGUCGCACAGUGCAGUAGGAGGGUUUCUGAGCCAUUGUGGAUGGAAUUCAACGCUGGAGAGUAUUUGCGAAGGAAUUCCAAUGAUAUGUAGACCGUGUUAUGGGGACCAAGGAGUGAAUACAAGAUAUAUAAGCCAUAUAUGGAGAGUAGGCAUGGAAUUGGAGGGUGAAUUGGAGAGAGAUGAGAUAGAGAGAGCCAUAAGAAAACUUAUGGUUGAUGAAGAAGGGAAGGAGAUGCGGAUGAGGGGCAAGAAUUUGAAGGAGAGAAUCGAAGUUUGCACUAAAGAAGAUGGUUCUUCCUACAAUUCGUUGAAGGAGCUAAUAAAGAUGAUCAUGUCAUGUUAAUUUAACAAAUGUUUUGAUCGAAACUACUUAUUUAUUUAUUUUCUUCUGGAGGGAUCAUAUUUCUGUGAAGUAUGGCACACUAGUUUAUCAUUCCUUACUCUUCUACGUAGAGUAUUUAUUUAUUUAUUCU